UAGACAAUUCCUAUCUUCCUCACCAGUUUUACUCCUUCAAGAACUACAGGGAAAAAUCAAUUGUCUCAAAAGUUCCAUCCUCGCUUCACAUUUGCUUCGUUUUUGAUUGGCCAGCAGAGGAAAGUGUGGAGAAUCAUACGCAGCGUAUCCGUAUUUCUGUCCAACUAUGUACCGUCGACGCCCUCAUCGAAAGAGCAGAACCGGAUGUUUGCAUUGUAAGCGGAGAAAAACUAAGUGCGAUGAGGUGCAUCCUAUGUGCUCGAAUUGUCUCAAAUACGAACUAGAGUGCGAAUACCCACCAGAAAAGCCGAGCAACCAGUCUCGGGGCUCUUCACCAAAACAGUUCCAGUUCAAGAGACUCGUCAGUAAUGACAGUAGCCCGGGUUAUUCAUCACCGUACACAGCACCUACUCCCCCUAAAUGCCAAUGUCAACAACUCCGAGACGCCGGAAUCUUGCCUCCUGGCGGGUGCUGCGCAGCCCUGGAGGCUGCUUCGUCUUCAGACUUCAAAGCCCGAAAUCUGAUAGAGGGUCAGUUUCUGGAAUCUGGUGCUCUCCAAAGCGCCAGGACGGAGAGCGAUCGGUUACUUGAACUCAAGCUUAUGCACCACUUCACCAAAUUCAGCUCGGAAAGUCUCUUCAGGCUCACAGGCUCCAGUAGCAUCCCCCCCACCGAGAUCCAAGAAGAUUGCGCACGAUGGGUCAUAGAUAUUGCCAUGGGCAAUGCAGGACUCAUGGACGCAGUCCUUGGGUUUGCAGCAUUCAAUCUUCGAGAAUUCGAACCCAACAAUACAGAACUCUGUCACGCAUCACACAGAUACAUGACCAAAGCUAUCGCUGCCCAUAACCAACAGCUGAGCCAAGGCAUCAACGCAGAGAACGCAGAGGUCAUCUUGGCCGGGUCUUUCACUAUAGCCUUCGUCACCAUCACCAGCCAUCAUUACCUCUCGCACGAGGAGGAGCAAUUGUUGCCCCUUUACUGGUUUCAGCCAUGGACCGGGCUAAAUGCAAUUGUGGAAGGUACUUUGGACUACAUUCAGCCUGGUCCCAUCAAACAUCUCCUCGAACUCGAGCGGACACCCUCGACUUACACGAUCAACCUCAUACAAGAGCAAAAGCACUACACAAAAUUUGACUUCCUGCUUGAGGGCUUGGAUAUGGUCUCCACCGAUGAGAAGACUUUGCGUGCCUACACAAAUAGCGUCCAAUGGCUUUCGGUCAUUUACAAAUGUCCGGAUAUCGACUACCUGUUCAAGUUUGCAGUCAAGGUCGGACCACGGUUUGUGGAGCUGUUGACACAGCAUGACCCAAGAACAUUAACCAUAGUUGGGUACUGGUUCAUGUUGAUGAUGACCAGGGAACAAGUUUGGUGGACACCAAGAGCAACUGAUAAUGAGUUCUGGGCGUUGAUGGGGCUGUUGCCGGACGAGUGGAAGCCGAAGAUGGAGUGGGCUAUUCAGGAGUUGGAAGGGCGUAGAGGGUCCGCUGUGUCGUCUGAAUUUGCGUCGUCCGAUUAUGCUGAAUUUGAAUAAGCCAGGAUUUCCUGGAGACGCUAGCAAUAUUGUUGCUUUUUAAUCUCAAAUUUUCAGUUACUCAGAUCUGCAUUGGC